AUGUCGACGUUUUCGCCGUCUCUUGUCCUCUCUCUGAUCCUUCUGAACCUACUUCUGGUUUCAUCGACGGAGAUGAUCAAGGAGGGAGAGAUUCAACUACCUUCGGAGAAGAUCAACAGCCAAUUCUGCAACGCAACGGCUAAACCGGUUUCUUGUCCGGUUAAAUGUUUCAGGGCUGAUCCGGUUUGCGGCGAAGACAACGUUACUUACUGGUGCGGUUGUGCAGAUGCUUUAUGCCACGGUGUUCGUGUCUCAAAACCAGGUGCUUGUGAUGUUGGUAAUGGCGUUGGUUUGUCUGUUCCAGGACAAGCUCUGCUUUUGAUCCACAUUGUCUGGCUCAUGGCUCUUGCCUUCUCUAUUCUCUUAGGCCUCUUCUGA